AUUGAAGGAUAAGGUAACAAAACAAGAUAACAGAGCAGAACCCCCUUCUCACUCUCUCUCUCUUUGGCUCUCUCUAUUCUAAUCCUUCAUCACCAUGGAAGCCACUCUCUUGACAUUCCCUUCCUCCUCAAAACCACCACUCUCCUCCUCCCAAACCCUAACCCCAAUAACCCACUUCAUUAACCCCCUCUCCAUCCCCACCACCAAACUCAAACUCCACCACCACAAACCACCACCAACCACCACAAUCAGGGCCGCCAUCAGCCGCACAAAAAAGGAAGAAACCGUCGAAACUGUCAAACAACAGCUCACAGACUGCCACCUCCUAGCCGGAAUCAAAUACAAAGGCUUCACCGUCAAACAGUUCCAAGACCUCCGUCGAUCUUUGCCUCAAACAUCGAAACUCAUCGUUGCCAAGAACACUCUGGUCUUCAAAGCCAUUGAGGGGACUCGAUGGGAGGCUCUGAAGCCUUGUAUGAAGGGUAUGAAUGUGUGGUUGUUUGUUCACAGUGAGGAAAUUCCUGCGGCUCUCAAACCCUACAGGAAUUUCCAGAAGGAGAAGAAAUUGGAGGAGAAUGAUUUCACCGGCGCGGUGUUCGAAGGAAAGUUUUAUGGUCCGGAGGAGUUUAAGGCGCUUGAGACAUUGCCGACCAGGGCUGAGAUUUAUGCCAAUUUGCUUGGGUCGGUUAAAGGUCCCGCGUCGGCGGUGGUGGGGACGGUGCAGGCUCCGGCGAGGAAUUUGGUGAUGGUGUUGACAGCUUAUGUCAAGAAGUUGGAAGAGAGUGGUGGCCAACAAUAGCUGAUGAUGAUUGAGAGAUGUUUAAGGAGAAACACUUUGCUCCUCUGCCAAUUAUCCACCCUAUCACAAGCUUCCACAUCUUGCUUUCACAAGGUUCCUUCGUUUGGUGUGCCGCUUUGUAUAAGAAUUGCUUGGGCAACAUUGUAUUGUAUUACGUCAAAAACUUCUUGCUCAACAACAUGGUGGAGUUUGUUUGCAGUGGCCAAGAGUUCAAACGCUAUUGUCCAUACAUUUCCACUGCUAUUUCGAUGCUCUUCUACAGUGGCUGCAAAUCCUGGUAAUUACAAUGUACAUCCCCACUUCCAUAUUUAUUUCUGUUGUAGAAUAUCCAACCAUGUUAUUUUCAUGCUUGUAUUUUUCUGUGUAUUUAUGUUUAGUAGAUGCAUACCAUGUGUUUGUCAAUAUGCCUCAACGAACAACCAGGUUUCAGAAAUCCAAAUUUAACAGGUUUCCAUAAUUCUAUUUUCUGUCAA